UUCUUUCACUUUCGGAUUCUUUGUCACGUAUGAGGAAACAAUCCACGGAGCUGUGAACUGCCGACGUUGUUUCAGAAAAUAUUAAAACCUGUAACAAUAUAAAGUUGCGUUAUAAUCUAAUAUUCUGACAGAAAUAUAAUGGCUCUUGUUGAAGUUAGUGGUUUGAAACCUUUUUCUGAAACCAGUGGGCAGAUUUUCGGAACCAGACAAACGCAUCUCGUUGACCGAACUAAUCAUUACAGUUUUGGAUCCUCAGUUCGGGAAUUUGCUGUUCCGGUGGGAGAAGAGCCUUCAGGGUUUCUGACCUCCUGUAACAAGGAGGGAGGGGUGAAUAUUGAGAUGAACCACGGAACGACCACCCUGGCCUUCAAGUUCAGACAUGGAGUCAUCGUGGCCGUGGACUCCAGAGCUUCAGCUGGACGAUACCUGGCAUCCAAUGAUGUUAACAAAGUCAUAGAGAUCAACCCAUACCUCUUGGGCACCAUGUCAGGAAGCGCUGCAGACUGCCAGUACUGGGAGAGACUCCUCGCUAAGGAAUGCAGGCUCUACAGGUUGAGGAACAACCAUCGGAUCUCUGUAGCUGCUGCUUCUAAGCUUUUAUGUAACAUGAUGCUGGGCUACAAAGGCAUGGGCCUUUCUGUGGGGAGCAUGAUCUGUGGAUGGGACAAAGAGGGCCCUGGGCUGUACUACGUGGAUGAGAAUGGGAAUCGUCUGUCUGGCCGGAUGUUCUCUACUGGGUGUGGAAACAGCUACGCCUAUGGAGUGGUGGACAGCGGUUACAGAGAAGACAUGACAGUGGAGGAGGCGUAUGAACUCGGCCGUCGAGGCAUCGCUCAUGCUACUCACAGGGAUGCUUACUCUGGUGGAGUGGUGAACAUGUACCACAUGAAAGAAGACGGCUGGAUUAAAGUAUGUAAAGAGGAUGUCUCAGAGCUGAUCCAUCGCUACAGAGAGGGAAUGUUCUGAAUAACCACUGAAACCUGGAUCAUGUGCAACUUAAAUUACUAUUGCAGUUUGUAACAGUAAUGCAACUUGUUGAAAUAUGAUGCAGUUGUUCAUAUUAAAUGUUUUAUCCACUUAUGACAUUUAGAAAGCAUAUUAUAAUUUUUAUGAUUCGUCAUUAAGUAGAGUACACAAGCUCCAUAUUACUGAUGUUGGAGCAUAAAUCCAUCCAUUUAUGCUCAGAGCUGAUCCAUCGCUACAGUGACAUGGGUCUCAGAAUUUGUGUUGUUGCUGGGAGUGGAUUUGGUUAGAUUGGAUUAAAUUAUAAUUUACAAGAAUUUGUGUUCAGUGAAAUGCCAAGGCUGAGUGAUUUGAAUACCUUUUUUUCCUCUUUGUGAAUUAAAUCAAUAUUUGAAAACGGCUUUUAAAAACUGUAAACUAAAAUCUGUAUGAUGAUCUGAAACAUUUAAGUGGAACAAAAGAAGCAAAAACAAAAGAAAUGCUGAAGGGUGCAUGUGUAAUAAUAUCCAUCUGUCACUGUAAUUUUUUUGUGCAACUUAAAAUAAAGUGGUGGUAAACAAAAUUA